UAUUUACUAAAAUAAUUGAAUUUCCAUGUUCUGUGUAGUGUGGGAGACCAGAUAUAGUGAAUGUAGGGUCUUGGGAGACCAGAUAUAGUGAAUGCAGGGUCCUGGGAGACCAGAUAUAGUGAAUGCAGGGUCUGGGGAGACCAGAUAUAGUGAAUGCAGGGUCUUGGGAGACCAGAUAUAGUGAAUGCAGGGUCUUGGGAGACCAGAUAUAGUGAAUGCAGGGUCCGUGGAGACCAGAUAUAGUGAAUGCAGGGGUCCGGGGAGACCGGAUAUAGUGAAUGCGGGGUCCGGGGAGACCAGAUAUAGUGAAUGCAGGGUCCGGGGAGACCAGAUAUAGUGAAUGCAGGGUCCGGGGAGA